AUGAUAAACCACAACCAGAAUUUUUACAAAGCACAAUAGCUAUUUCGCUAUGGGAUGUAUGGGCUAGAAUGAAAAAAAUAACCACAGAAGCAUGGCAAUUAAAAUUUCGUAAUACUAUAUCACUUUAUUUUGAUGCAUGCUUGGUAAAUGCACAAAAUGAACAUACAAAUAAUAUUCCUAAUUCUGUGGAUGCAUAUAUCAAGAUCAGAAGAAAUUCAGAAGCAGUAAUGACUAGUUUUAAUUUAAUCGAGCCCUUGCUCGGAAUUCAAGUUUUGUAUGAUAAUCAGGACUUGCAAAAUCUUAUGGAUUACUUGGAUUUAAUCAAUAAACGAAUGACACAAAUUCAAGAUAUCUCCAAUAGAUUAACUCAUUUUGGUUCGAAAGUUGAUCAAAAUAUUAGUAAAUGUGUUAACGCAUUAUUAGAUAUAGUUGUUGGUGCUUUUUAUUGGCAUAAACUUUCAG